AUAACAUGCAACAGUGAAGACCUAAACUUGACGUUAUACUACUGAACAGGCGAACAACACAUUUUGCAUGCGAGAUAAUUCCAUUAUUACGACAUUCAGAAGCGCUGAAAGUUUGUACUGCACACAAACAAAGCGAGUAAAGAAAAUACACUUCCUUAUCCUGAUUCUACGCGAGCGUACCCCCUUCUAAAUCCCGCCCUACUCCAACACCGUCUCCCUCCGCUGUAUGACCGCGUGUGCUGAGUGUUUAUACGUGGGGAGUUUAACCUAUCACCGCGUGACUUCCUGUUAAACUCAGUCUGAUAGCUAUAGUUUAAAAAAAACAAAAGUUGUUUAGUAAUCCCGGAUCUUGUUAUUUAUGAGCUAUAUAAAACAAUUUUACUGCUUCUGGUAACUGUCAAGUGGCAGUACAUAUUUGCUGUAAUCAUUUACCUAUAGAAAAUAAAAUGGAUAAACUACGAAGAGUUCUGAACGGUCAGGAAGAUGAGGAGCAGGGACUCACUUCUCAGGUCCUGGAUGGCACGUCGCUUAGCUUUGGCACUAGACUGAAAUGGUUUGCGAUAUGUUUCGUGAGUGGAAUCUUGUGUUCCAUUCUUGGAACAGCGCUACUUUGGAUUAACGUAAAGCUGUUUGCAGUAUUUUAUACUUUAGGAAAUCUUGCUGCCUUAGCUAGCACUUGCUUUUUGAUGGGUCCUGUUAAACAGCUGAAAAGAAUGUUUGAGCCAACAAGAUUAAUUGCCACAAUAGUUGUGAUUCUCUGCUUGAUUUUGACUCUAUGUGCUGCAUUAUGGUGGGGGAAGAAAGGUUUGGCCGUUCUCUUCUGCAUAUUGCAAUUUUUAGCAAUGACAUGGUACAGCCUGUCAUACAUUCCAUUUGCAAGAGAUGCUGUGAUGAAGUGUUGUACCUCCUGUUUAAGCUAAGUUGCAAGGCCUUCGGGGUCAGAGCUGUGAAUUCAGAUUCUAUCUUUUUAAGUAUUUAUGAGGAUGUCAGAUCACAACAAUCAUCCGGAAAAUUACUUCAUUAUUUUAUAUGUAAAUAAUGUAGCAGAUGUGCCAUUUCAUAAACUUUACAUUUUCAA